CCGUGACGUCACUCCCGCGCCGUGACGUCAGUGCCGCGCCGCCAUGCUGCCGGCGCUGAGGCGCUGCCGCCCGGGCUCCGUCCCGCUGCCGGCGCUGGGGCCCGGCCCCGUCCCGGGGCUCUGUCCCGCCUGGUGCCCGCGGGCGCUGCCGGCGCGGGGCCGCAAGACCCGCCACGAUCCCCCCGCCAAGUCCAAGGCGGCCCGGGUGAAGCUGCCGCCGCCCGUGGACCCCGAGGAGCUGCUGGUGGUGCAGGAGCGGUACCGGCAGUACCGGCUGGUGCUGAGCGCCCUGCGGGCGGAGUUCAGGGCCGAGGUGCUGCAGAAGAAGCAGGAGGAGCGGCUGGCUGCCGAGGAGGAGGAGGAGCUGGAGGAGCACCGGCGGCUGAUGGCCUGGAACGAGGAGGAGAACCGCCGGCAGCAGGCACGCAGAGAGGAGCGACUCAGGAAACAAGAGGAGGAGGAGAAGAGGAAGAAGUUAGAGAUUGCAGAGAAACAGGCCAGGAAAAUGGAGGCUUUCCUGGAGGAGAAGGAGAAGGAGGUUCUCCAGCUGCAGGAGGAAGCCAAAAACUUCAUCACCCUUGAGAACCUGGAGGCACGGAUCGAGGAGUGCCUGGACAACCCCCGGAACUACAACUUCGCCAUCGACAAGGACGGGCGCGUCGUCAAGCGCACGGUGCUGUCAUAGCAGCCCUGCUGAGAGCCCUGUGCCAGAGCCCCACAGGCAGCACACAGCUUCCUCUGAAUGGAUAACUCAGCCACAGGUGUGCUGGAGAAAGGUCUGGCUCUGCUGCUUCCAAAGGGUUAAUGCCUGUGGAAAGGGGGUGAGGGGAAACUGGGAGGCUCCAGCAGCCUGGCUCAGCCCUGUUGCUGUGCCUGUGAUCCCACCUCCCACGUGUUUGGAUCCCUCCUGCCUUCUCACACAGCAGGAGCAGUCCUGAGGCAGAGCCUGGCUCUGAGCUCCUCACUGUCAGCUCCAAAGGCAAACGAGGCUGAAUGAAUUUGUAGGAAACACUGACCUUCCCUUUUUUGUUUUGUUGGGGAAGGAAUUAAUUGUAAUCCUGAUUUCACACUUUAAACCCUCCUUUGCACAUCUCUUGGUGUGGCUGAAUAAUAAAAUGUGUCUGAAUGA